AGUAGUACGAAUUGUAGAUCCACCACAAGCCACGGAUAAAGGAACAAUCGACGAAAAGAAUAUAGAUCCAUGCCGCGCUGCUCACGACCUCGUCUCAUCUGCUUGUUCUAAGUCUAAAAAUACAUCCCAGCUAUUUCAUAUAUGUGAAACAAGAAAGGGUACGCCUUAUUUUUACACGACUAGAAUUGAUAUCUCACGUUUACUCCAUAAUUAAAGCGUACCAUCUCGCAAGACUCAUGCAUCCCGUCCGCAUUUUCCUCCUCCGGCACGGCCAGGGCGAGCACAACGUCGCUGGUAACGACUACUAUGCAUUGCAAAAAUGCCCUCUUGGUCUGGAAGAUUGCGAAGUUUGUCAUGCAUAUUUGGCACGACCCAUGCCGGCUGUAAUGCAUGACCUAGCAUCUUCACAGAUUUUUAGAGGGCUUUAUUCUGAGGCCUUUUUCCCAUGAGAAACAAAUAAGUACCCUCUCCGCACAGCACAAACUGCACUCCUCUUGCCUGUCAUGCAAUACAGAUUUUUUUCGAAUCCAAAGAUAGCAUCACAAGUUGCAUCGUUCCAGUUCGUUUUUGCAAUGCAUAACUACAUUCCCGACGCAAUUUUGACCCGCACCGGGGAGGAGCAAGCCUCGUCGUGGGCACACCACGUAUCAAAUGCAAAUAUGUCUGGAUGUCUGGAAACUUGUGAUGCUGGGUGGCGUCUCAUGAUGUAGCCAGAAAUGCUGGCUCAGCAUCACAAGUUUCUGAGCUGUUCUAGGUGUUUUGCCUAUUCUGCAUGACAAACUGCGUUUCUGCAUCACAGAAAAAUGGAGCUUUUGGGUAACUUGCAUGACAGAUUUAAGACUCAUGCCAGACAAGCAUGACAAACAUGCAUUCUUCCAGACCCAGCCCCAGACAUUUUUCCAUUUGAUACCACGCAGACCCGAACAAAAUUCUAAAGGACGUGGAGUUGGUACUCAUUUCCCCGCUGCGGCGGGCGCUCCAGACCGCUUUUCUCGCCUUGGAAAACUACGACAAAGCGAGGCUGGUUGUAUGCAGGCACGCCCGGGAACUCUGGUUUCACGAGCCGGUGAACACCUUUAGCAACGAACAGGAAUUACUCUUGUUGUGUUCAAAAUACAAACGUGGUAGAGAAAUCGCGGAGCUCCCCCGCGUAUGGAUUGAAAAAGUUGUAUCGUACCUACUAGUAUGAAGAAAAAACGGCAUUACAAAUUGCGUUAGCAUGAGAAAUGAAAUUUGUAAUGCGGAUUUACCCUAGCAACUACGGUUUGUAAUGCAUAAAACGCAAUUGUACUAAUUCUAGCACGAGUGCGAUACUUUUGCAAAGCAUACCGCGAACGCAGUUAUUCCACCGCGAAGUUGUCCGGUACGGGAUCCUUCGCCGAGGCUAUCGCAAGAAAAAAGUGUCGCAGUUACACACAUAGUCUAUGCAGGCCAAGCAAGACAGACAAGCUUUGUCAUGCCGGAUAUGCAUAGGUAUAGGAGCUUCUUUUCAUAGGUGUUUUCCCGUAGGAUUUCUGCAUUACAUGCAAGUUUUCUCUCUCAUGCAGAGAAAUUUGUGUUGCUGAAUUCACUACUUACAAAUGUGUAACUGUAACACUUGUUUCUUGUGAUAGAGGCGCUCGCCACUCGGCACGAUACCCCGAGUUGCGAGCAGCAGUCCGUGCCCAGUCUCGUGCGGGAAUUGCGAAGCCGGCCGGAUUAUGCAUUGCAAAUAUGUCUGGGUCUGGAUUUGUGAUGCGAAAUUCGGAGGACAACAAGAUCUGUAAUGCAUGGCUGCGAUGGACCAGCUUUUUUGUCGUGCUGCGUGGCUCACUUUGUAAUGCUAAAUACGAAUGAAUUCGCAAGGAGCCGAGGGCAAUUUCUCAUGAGGGUAUGCCGUACAAGCAGUCAGUCUGCAAUGCAAGUAUUAGCAACACAAGUUUCCAGACCCAGACGUAUUUGCGAUUCAUACAGAGCAGGUUAUCUGCGUCGUUUGCCACCAGGGGGUGAUUCACGCAUUGACUGGCGGUUGGGUAUCAAAUGCAAAUAUGCCGUGGUCCCCUGGAAACUUGUGAUGCGGGUUGGCGAAUGAUGGGGGUCGUGCCGCAAUUGCCAGCCCAGCAUGACAAGUUUCUCCGUCGGUAGAUGUAGUCUAUUCCGCAUGACAAAUUGCGUUUCCGCAUGACAGAAAAACGAGGCUGUAUUUUUGGGUGACGUGCAUAAGGGACUUGAAGAGAGCUAUGCUAGCCGAGCAUGGCAAGUCUGCUCGCAUUCUUCCAGAACCAGACAUAUUGAUUUGCAAUGCAUAGUGGGCGUACAACUGUGAUUUGCUGGAAUGCGAGUGGAAUGCGGACGAAAAGAAAACCGGACCACCGCUGUUGCGUGUCUUGCAAGCGCACUCCGCACCCGGUGGGGCCAGGACGUCUUGAUACGCGAUUUACUGCAUUUCGAUGAUGAUGAUGCAAAAAUCUUACCCCGCGCAGGAUAGCAGGAUGAGAAUGAAGAUGAUGAUCAUCUUCCGAAAAAUUACCAACGGAGAAGGACACAUGGAAAGUUGCUUGAGUGUUCGAAACUAGAAUAUAGGUCACCACCAGUGCGGGCCUCCAUCCGCUUUAUCUGUUAUCUCCAUUAUCUGUUGUACUUACCGUCCUGCGCCUUCAAUGACACAGUGUGUCACAACGACUGUACAACUCGGGCAGUACUUGAAGAAAUGAAAUCCGUCUGUUACAGCAUUGUACUUCUCACGCGGAAAAUGUUGAUCAC